UUUCGACCUGGGAGUUGCUCGAACCGCCGAGGGGGAGGUUGGCAGUGUUUCGGCCCAGACCAGGUCAUUGCGAAGUGCAGCGGAUACGAAGGCCGGACACCAUGUCGCGCUACGGGCGGUACGGAGGAGAGACCAAAGUAUAUGUUGGCAACCUGGGAACUGGUGCCGGCAAAGGAGAAUUAGAAAGAGCAUUUAGUUACUAUGGGCCCUUAAGAACUGUAUGGAUUGCCAGAAAUCCUCCAGGAUUUGCUUUUGUGGAAUUUGAAGAUCCAAGAGAUGCAGAAGAUGCCGUUCGAGGACUAGAUGGAAAGGUGAUUUGUGGCUCUCGGGUAAGAGUCGAAUUGUCAACAGGAAUGCCCCGAAGAUCCAGAUAUGAUAGACCACCUGCACGUCGCCCAUUUGAUCCUAAUGAUAGAUGUUAUGAGUGUGGGGAGAAAGGUCAUUAUGCUUAUGAUUGUCAUCGCUACAGCCGACGAAGGAGAAGCAGGUCACGAUCUCGAUCUCACUCAAGGUCCAGAGGAAGGAGAUAUUCUCGCUCACGGAGCAGGAGCCGUGGGAGGAGGUCAAGAUCUGCCUCUCCUCGAAGGUCAAGAUCUGCAUCUCUUCGUAGAUCUAGGUCUGCUUCAAUCCGAUCUCGAUCUGGUUCUUUAAAAAGAUCGAGGUAUUUCCAAUCAUCACGCUCAAGAUCCAGAUCCAGGUCUCUUUCAAGACCAAGAAGCAGCCGAUCAAAGUCCAGAUCACCAUCUCCAAAGAGAAGCCGUUCACCUUCUGGAAGUCCUCGUAGGAGUGCAAGUCCUGAAAGAAUGGACUGAAAUGAAAAAAAAAAUUUAACCUUUUAGGAAGAAAGUUAUUUUGUUUACAUUAUUAUAAGGGAUUUUGUGAUGUCUGUUCAAUAUAAGUGUAACCUAGAAGGCUAUUUGAACCAUCUAAUCAUCGGAAUGGAUCUGGAUAUUUUAAGAGCUCUGUAAAUUUACAUCAGUAGAGUAGUGUAAAUUUUUUUUGUUGUAUGUAUUAACAUCUUAUGAUCUGAAAAUGGAAUUUUUUUUAUUGGCACAUUUAAGAAUAAAAAUGUGUUUCUAACUAGA